AUGGCACCUCACCCUUCCGUGGCCACGCCCAGCGACGCCGACCCCAAGACUGAGGAGUCGUCGGAUUCAGGACAGGCCCAGGAUACAUCCGAUGUUCCCAACCCGGAUCCCUCAAAAUCGGAUGACGAUGAGCUGAUAGAGAUGGACAAGACCACCAAGGUCCUUUUAAUAACCUCUGUACUGCUGAGCAUGUUUCUCGUUGCUCUCGACAGGACCAUCAUCUCAACGGCCAUACCCGCCAUCUCCGAUGAGUUCAACUCGCUCAACGACGUCGGCUGGUAUGGCAGCUCAUACUUACUCACAUCCUGCGCCUUCCAGCUGCUGUUCGGCAAGGUCUACACUGUCUUCUCCGUCAGGGCUGUCUUCCUCGCUAGCACGCUGCUCUUCGAAAUUGGGUCCGCCAUCUGCGGUGCGGCCCCCAACUCGGUGGUGUUUAUCGUCGGCCGAGCCAUCUGUGGAGUUGGAGCUGCAGGUCUCUUCGCCGGAACCAUCGUCUCCAUCAUCUACAUCGUCCCACUUCACCAGCGUCCCAAGUUCCAGGGCAUGUUCGGCGCCCUUUUUGGCAUCGCCUCCAUCGUGGGCCCACUAAUCGGGGGUGCUUUUACCUCCAACGUUACCUGGAGGUGGUGUUUCUACAUCAACCUCCCCAUUGGUGGCGUGACCAUGGUGGUGGUUGCCUUGUUCCUCAAGGUCCCCGACCGUGAGUCGACAAAGCUACCCCUGACCAAAAAGAUCUUGCAGCUCGAUCUCCUCGGGACAUCGGUCCUCGUACCGGGUGUGGUGUGUCUCCUGCUGGCACUUCAGUGGGGUGGUCCAACAUACCCUUGGAACGACAGCCGCAUCAUCGCGCUCCUCACGCUCACCGCCGUCCUCACCAUCGGCUACAUCACCAUCCAAGCGACCCUCCCCGCCACCGCCACCAUCCCAGGCCGCAUCAUCCGCCAACGCAGCGUCAUCUCCGCCCUCUGGGCCACGGUAUGCAUCAACUCGGGCAACUACAUCCUGAUCUACUUCCUGCCCAUCUGGUUCCAGGCCGUCAACGGCGUCUCCGCCGUCGACUCGGGCAUCCGCCUGCUGCCCGUCAUGCUAGCCAUCGUCGUCGGGUCGGUCGUGGGCGGGUUCGUCAACGCCCGCGUCGGCUACUACACGCCGCUGGCGAUCGUGGGCACCUGCGUGGCCGCCGUGGGCGCGGGGAUGCUCACGACGCUGCGGGUCGGGUCGGGUCCGGGGGAGUGGAUCGGCUAUCAGGUGCUGUAUGGCCUGGGGCUGGGCACGUGUUUCCAGGCGCCGAAUCUGGCGGUGCAGGCGGCGCUGCCGAGGGAUGAUGUGCCCAUGGGCAUGGCGCUGAUGUUCUUUGGUUCGCUUGUUGGGUCGACUGUUUUUGUGUCGGUUGGGCAGAACGUGUUUACCAACCAGCUCGUGCAGCGCCUGCAUGGGUUUCCGGGGUUUAAUGUUGGGCUUGUUACGUCGGGGGGCGUCACGGCGCUGCUCGAGGCGCUGCCUGUGGAGGUGCGUGGUGAGGCGCUGGUUGAGUAUAACGAGGCGCUGCGGCAGGUGUUUAUGGUCGGGAUGAUCGUGACGUGUUUGACUAUCCUGGGCACGGGUACGCUGGAGUGGUUGAGCGUGAAGAAGCCGCAGGUGGGAUCGGAUGAAACCGGGGAUUCAGCCGAGGAAAAGAAGGUCGGGGUCGCGGAAUAG